AUGCCCGUCUUUGACCCAGGCCCGGUUCUGAAGCCGCUCGGCUCCGUGGGUGCGCUGAGCGCUGGUGAUGACCUACGGGCUGCGGUUCGGAGGGCUAAGACACCCAGGAAACCUCUAGUGAAAAAAGGAUCCCAAACCAGCCUUAAAGACCCGGUUGGGGUCUACUGCAGGGUGCGCCCACUGAGUUUCCUUGAUCAAGAGUGUUGCAUAGAAGUGAUCAAUAAUACGACUGUUCAGCUCCACACUCCUGAGGGCUACAGACUCAACAGAAAUGGAGACUAUAAGGAGACUCAGUACUCAUUUAAACAAGUGUUCGGGACUCACACCACCCAGAAGGAGCUCUUUGACGUUGUGGCUAGUCCCUUGGUAGACGACCUCCUUCACGGCAAAAAUGGUCUUCUUUUUACGUAUGGUGUGACUGGAAGUGGAAAAACUCACACGAUGACCGGUUCUCCAGGGGAAGGAGGGCUGCUUCCUCGCUGUUUGGACAUGAUCUUUAACAGUAUAGGGUCAUUUCAAGCUAAACGCUACGUGUUUAAAUCUAACGACAGGAACAGUAUGGAUAUACAGUGCGAGGUGGAUGCCUUAUUGGAACGGCAGAAGAGAGAAGCCAUGCCCAAUCCAAAGACGCCGUCCAGCAAACGACAAGUAGAUCCAGAGUUUGCAGACAUGAUAAAUGUACAAGAAUUCUGCAAAGCAGAAGAGAUCGAUGAAGAUAGUGUCUAUGGUGUAUUUGUCUCUUAUGUUGAAAUAUAUAAUAAUUACAUAUAUGAUCUAUUGGAGGAGGUGCCAUUUGAUCCCAUAAAGCCCAAACCUCCACAAUCUAAAUUGCUUCGCGAAGAUAAGAACCAUAACAUGUAUGUUGCAGGAUGUACAGAAGUAGAAGUGAAAUCUACUGAGGAGGCUUUUGAAGUUUUCUGGAAAGGCCAGAAAAAGAGACGUAUAGCCAACACCCACUUGAACCGGGAGUCCAGCCGGUCCCAUAGUGUGUUCAACAUCAAGCUGGUUCAGGCUCCCCUGGAUGCAGACGGAGACACCGUUUUACAGGAAAAAGAACAAAUCACUAUAAGCCAGCUCUCCUUGGUAGAUCUUGCUGGAAGUGAAAGAACCAACCGGACCAAAGCAGAAGGGAACAGAUUACGUGAAGCUGGCAACAUUAAUCAAUCACUGAUGACACUCAGAACAUGUAUGGAAGUCCUGCGAGAGAACCAAAUGUAUGGAACCAACAAGAUGGUUCCAUAUCGAGAUUCAAAGUUAACCCAUCUGUUCAAGAACUACUUUGAUGGGGAAGGAAAAGUGCGUAUGAUCGUGUGUGUGCAUCCAAAGGCUGAAGACUAUGAAGAAAGCUUGCAAGUCAUGAGAUUUGCAGAAGUAACCCAAGAAGUUGAAGUAGCAAGACCAGUAGACAAGGCGAUAUGUGGUUUGACGCCUGGGAGACGGUACAGAAACCAGGCUCGGGGAGGUCCAGUUGGAGAUGAACUGCUGGUUACGGAAGUGGUUUUACAGAGUUUCCCGCCUUUGCCAUCGUGCGAGCUUUUGGACAUCAACGAUGAGCAGACACUGCCAAGGCUGAUUGAAGCCUUGGAGAAACGAUACCAUCUACGACAAAUGAUGGUCGAGGAGUUUAACAAGCAAUCUAAUACUUUCAAAGUUUUGUUACAAGAAUUUGACAACACUGUUUCAAAUAAAGAAAACUACAUUCAAGGAAAACUAAAUGAAAAAGAAAAGAUGAUCUCAGGACAGAAAUCGGAAAUAGAACGACUGGAAAAGAAGAAUAAAACUUUAGAGUAUAAGAUUGAGAUUUUAGAGAAAACAACUGCUAUCUAUGAAGAAGAUAAACGCAACCUUCAACAGGAGCUGGAAACUCAGAACCAGAAACUUCAGCGACAGUUCUCUGACCAGUGCAGACUAGAAGCCAGGUUGCAGGAUAUGGUGACAGAAACAACAACGAAGUGGAAGAAGGAGUGUGAGCGUCAAGUGGCAGCCAAACAGCUCGAAAUGCAGAAUAAACUCUGGGUCAAAGAUGAAAAACUGAAACAGCUAAAGGCUAUUGUCACUGAACCCAAAACUGACAAGCCAGAGCGACCCUCCCGGGAGCGGGACCGAGCAAAGGCCCCUCAGAGAUCCGUCUCUCCAUCGCCGGUGCCUCUUUCUAGUAACUCUAUUGCUCAGAUCCCCAACGGCCAGCAACUCAUGAGCCAGCCUCAAGCACACAGGCGCUCUAACUCUUGCAGCAGCAUUUCUGUAGCUUCCUGUGUUUCGGAAUGGGAGCAGAAAAUGCCUUCGUACAACACACCUCUCAAUGUCACAUCUCUUGCGAGGCGUAGGCAGCAGGAGCCAGGACAAAGUAAAACUUGUGUCGUGUCAGGCAGAAGGCGAGGGAUGUACUGGACUGAAGGCAGGGAGGUGGUUCCCACGUUCAGGAAUGAGCUAGAAAUGGAAGAGGAUCGUUGCAGCAGGAACGCACCACCAAUUCGUCUCCGACACAGACGGUCGCGCUCUGCGGGAGACAGAUGGGUAGCCCAUAAGCCUGCCUCUAACGUGCAGACCGAGACAGUCAUGCAGCCACAUGUCCCUCAUGCCAUCACAGUGUCUGUGCCCAAUGAAAAGGCGCUAGCUAAGUGUGAGAAGUACAUGCUGACCCACCAGGAACUAGCCUCCGAUGGGGAGAUUGAGACUAAACUAAUUAAGGGUGAUGUUUAUAAAACAAGGGGCGGUGGACAAUCUGUUCAGUUUACUGAUAUUGAGACUUUAAAACAAGAGUCGCCAAAUGGUCGAAAACGAAGAUCUUCCACUGUAGCACCUGCCCAGCCAGAUGGCGCAGAGUCUGAAUGGACCGAUGUAGAAACAAGGUGUUCUGUGGCUGUGGAGAUGCGAGCAGGAUCUCAGCUGGGGCCCGGAUAUCAGCAUCACGCACAGCCCAAACGCAAAAAGCCAUGAACCCACAGUCCCAGUAGCAGAAGAACAUUCUCAGCUGUGCUGAACUCAUAAACCAUGCCAGAAGUGGUCUUCUGACUCUCCCUCAGCUGCGCCAUGCACUGCCUGGAUCAAAGCUUCCCCUACGUUCCAAAGACAUUUGGAUUCCGCAAACUUGUAUUCUAUGCCUUGUCGUAUUUAAUAAUAGCAGAGGAAUGCCCUUUUUUUCUCUUUUGCUGUAUGAACUUUUUUUAUAAUGCUGUUUUUUGUAUGUUUCUUAUAUACUUAUAAACUCAUGGAUGCAAGUGUUUUUGUCUUGGGUGAUUAAGGAAGACUAUUUAGAUCACACUUCACUUUUUAUUGUGACUUUGCAAGUUCUGGUCUGAGUAUUUCUCAAGUUUUUAUAAAUAAAUGCUGCUAUUUAUUAGCUGCAAGAAUGCACUUUAGACAUUUGAGAAUUCACAUGUUCAAAAUAAAGAUGUCACUGACUGGCCAAUAAUAAAACCAUUUUUGGAAGUUGUUUUGAAUU